AUGGAAGACAGUGAUAUGCUACCUCAGAUCAUCCAUGGCAUACUGUCAACAUCUCAUUCUCUGUUUACAAGUAUCCAAGAGCUUGAUGAAGAUGCCACCACACCUUAUGACUAUGAUAAUGGUGAGCCUUGUCAUAAAUACAAUGUGAAGCAAAUUGGCGCCUGGAUCCUGCCCCCACUCUACUCUCUGGUAUUCAUCUUUGGUUUUGUGGGUAACAUGUUGGUCAUUCUCAUCUUGAUAAGCUGCAAAAAGCUGAAGAGCAUGACUGACAUCUACUUGUUCAACCUGGCCAUCUCUGAUCUGCUCUUCCUGCUUACUCUCCCAGUCUGGGCUCACUAUGCUGCAAAUGAGUGGGUCUUUGGAGAUAUAAUGUGUAAAUUAUUCACAGGGCUCUAUCACAUUGGCUAUUUUGGUGGAAUCUUCUUCAUUAUCCUCCUGACGAUUGAUAGGUACUUGGCUAUUGUCCAUGCUGUGUUUGCUCUAAAAGCCAGGACAGUCACUUUUGGGGUGAUGACAAGUGGACUCACUUGGGUGGUGGCUGUGUUUGCCUCUCUCCCAGGAAUUAUAUUUACUAAAUUCAAAGAAGAAUAUUAUCAACACACCUGUGGUCCUUAUUUUCCAUUAAUAUGGAAGAAUUUCCAUGCAAUAAUGAGGAAUAUCUUAAGCCUUGUUUUGCCCCUACUUGUCAUGGUCAUCUGCUACUCAGGAAUCCUCCACACCCUGUUUCGCUGUAGAAAUGAGAAGAAGAGGCACAGGGCUGUAAGACUUAUCUUUGCCAUCAUGAUUGUAUACUUUCUCUUCUGGACUCCCUACAACAUUGUUCUCUUCCUGAACACCUUCCAGGAAUUCUUGGGACUGAGUAACUGUGUGAUUGCCAAUCACUUAGACCAGGCCAUGCAGGUGACAGAGACUCUUGGAAUGACACACUGCUGCAUCAACCCUGUCAUCUAUGCCUUUGUUGGGGAGAAAUUUCGAAGGUAUCUCUCCAUAUUCUUCAGAAAGCACAUUACUAAACAUCUCUGCAAGCAGUGCCCAGUUUUCUACAGAGAGACAGCGGAUCGAGUGAGCUCAACAUUCACCCCUUCCACUGGGGAGCAAGAAGUCUCAGUUGGGUUGUAA